AUGCCCGAGCGGGGCAUUGUCUCCUCCACCGCGAUGCUGGUGGCGCACGCCCAGGCCGGGCACCUGGAAGAUGCCAAGCGGAUAUUCGACGCCAUGCCCGCCGUGAAUGUGGUCGCUUCCAACGCCAUGCUCUACGCAUAUGCCGAGGCCGGGAAUCUCCGGAUCGCGCGGCGGAUGUUUGACGAGAUGGACGAGCGCGAUCUCGUGUCGUGGAACGCAAUGCUGUCGGCAUAUGCCCAGGCGGGGGACCUCCACGAAGCUUCGCGGCUGCUUGACCGGAUGAAGGAGUGGAACACGGUGUCGCUGACCGUGCUGGUGGCGGCGCACGGUCGGGCCGGGAAUCUAGGCGAAUCCAAGCGGAUCUUUGACCAGAUACAAGACCACAACGUCGUGUCGCGCAAUGCGAUGCUGGGAGCAUUUGCGCAGGCCGGCCACGUCAGCGAGGCCCAGUCGUUGUUUGACUCCAUGCUGGAGAGGAACUUAGAAUGGAACUUAGUGUCAUGGAACACAAUGUUGGAUGGCUAUGCUAGAUUAGGAUUUCUAGAUUACGCGUUAGAACUCUUUUCGAGGAUGAAGUUUCGAGAUCUAGUGACAUGGAACACGAUGAUCACAGCAAAUGCCCAGAAUGGGUAUCUAGGCAAAGCUAAAUCUUUAUUCUACCAAGCACAAUCACGAGAUAUUGUUUCAUGGACAGCAAUCGUCUCGGCACACGCUCAACACGGAGAAAUCACGCAAGCGUCGCGCUUUUACUUGUCAAUGCCAGAGAGGGACCUCGCAGCCUGGAACGCCAUGCUCGCAGCAUUUGCCCAGAACGGGCAUUCCCGGACGGCUUGCGAGCUCUUCCCAGAGAUGAAAAUGGUGGAGCGUCCAGACGACGUAUCCUUCCUCUUGAUCCUCCACGCCGCCGGACACCUGGGCGAGGUCUCUCGAGGCUUGAGCUGGCUGGCUUCCAUGAGCUCCGACUAUGGAUUGACGCCCCGGAAGCUCCACUACUCUUGCAUGGUCGAUCUUCUCGCUCGCUCGGGAUACUUGAGUGACGCCCAAGCUCUCAUCGAUUCCAUGCCUUAUGUCGAGGACGCCAUGGAGUGGACUUGCCUCUUGGCCGCUUGCAAGGGCCACAAGGACGUCCACUUUGGCGCUCUCGCUGCAAAGAGAGUUCUCUCGUUAAAACCAAGUAAUCCUGGAGCGUACGUAAUGCUUGCCAAUGUGUAUCGCAAAUCCUGA